CCAUUAACUCUCACUUUCAGAUCUUUUUCUAGAUCCACAGAGAAAAGGGUUCAACAAUGGCGUCUGGAGCCGCCGGAGACGGGGUAUUCGGAAACGUAUUCGGAGGAUGCAUUUCCAGUGACGACAUUAGUAUCGAGAGGAGGCCGUACCACCGCAACUGCAGCUGCGCUCUUCAUAGAUCCGGCGAAACCAAUUGCCCUCACACAUCUCAUCACAAAGUCUCCUACCCUAUCAGACGAUCCUGGAGCGAAGGUUGUCUUGUGGCGAUGUUGGCAUCAAACUCUGCGCCUUCUCCUGGUUCUUCCCCUUGUUGUCCUUCUUCACCGGCACCGACUGCUCCAGUUACGGCGAGAUUGCCGCCGCAUGUGCCGAAUCAUCAGUUAAAUCAUUAGGUUUUGUGGUAUGUUUUAAUGUUUGAAGAUAUGUUAGGGUUUCUUCUUGUUUUUCGGUUUGGAUUGAUCGGAUCUGUUCGGAAAAUCAAAUCAAAUUAAAUCAGGGAAUCAUGUACAUCUUUGACAAUUUCUUUGUUUUAUUUACUAAUCCUGUGAGUUAUAGAACUAGUCGAUUUUCUCUAAUCUCUUUUUUGUGGAACGAUCUAAUGAAUGAAUUUUGUUCGUAUAUUGUUUUGA